GAGGCGAGAACAGCCGAAAUGGAGGAGAGUCAAACAUCGGAAAGUGUCGCCGUGCUACCGGACAUGUCCGAACCGUUGACGAGCGAAACCGAGGAGGCGUCUGCCCUAACGACAGAACACGAGGCGCAUCCCGUCGCCGUGACGGCGAGCGUCACUCCAGUACCGGGUGUUCCUGGUGUUCCAGGAGUCGGUGUACCGGUUUCUUUACCCGUUGGCUCUAUCAUCGGUGUUGCAAAUUCAACCAACGGCACGACCUUCAACGUCAUCACAUCAGACCAACUGCAGUUACCUGGUUCAGGACAGUUUAAACAGAUGCUAUGUGUAGAUAAUGGUUUCAUUUGUGAACCUCGACAUGACAAAGACACAGAUUCUCUACGUUGGAAUGGUGAAUUGAAAGCAACACAUAUAGUAAUUCAAAACAGUACAGAAGAGUCUGAAUCUGAACAGAUACAUGUUUCUACUGCUAGUACACAACCCAUAUGUAGUUGGUCAGAAUCUGCUAAUUUAGCAGUAUUACCUGUUAGAUGUAAAAACACAAAUGCAGAAUUACACAAAAGUAGAUUUGGAUCUGGAGGAAGAGGAAGAUGUAUUAAACUUGGUCAAGACUGGUAUACGCCAAGUGAAUUCGAAGCACUUUGUGGGAGAGCAUCUAGUAAAGAUUGGAAACGUAGUAUUCGAUUCGGUGGUAGAAGUUUACAAACAUUAAUCGACGAACAAAUUUUAAAGCCACAUGCUACCUCUUGCACUUGUGCAGCAUGUUGUGACGAUGACAGUGCAACAGGCCCUGUAAGAUUAUUUACACCUUAUAAACGUAGAAGAAGAGCUAGAGAUACAUCUGAUGGAGAAACACCAUUGCGUAAACUUAAAAGCGAUAAUUCGCGAGAUGGUAGUAAUAACGACGAGAGUGAUGGCGAAGUCGUUGUACCUGAUAAAGAAGUAUGGCCCCAGUUUGUUUCAGCAGAUGGUUUAGUUGUACAACAGUCACAAGAUCCGGAUACUGUUGUUCAAAAUGUACAUCACUCAGAGAAUGGACAAAGCGACGAUAUAUUUAAAAAGCUUGACGAGAUGUCUAAUAAAAUGUUAAAGUUGGCUUAUGAAUUUAGGCGUACCUUGGAAGAAGCUAAGGAAGUAAAUAGGCAACAAAGAAGAGAACAAGCACUAGUGGCACAAUUAGGGGGUAGAGGAGAUGUCAUUGAAACUGUUGGUUUACAACCAGCAUCGGAUAGUCAUAAUAAAAAGUGUGCCAACUGUAACAGAGAAGCAUUUGCAGAAUGCUCUUUAUGUAGACGAACACCUUAUUGCUCUACAUUUUGUCAACGCAAAGAUUGGGCAGGUCAUCAAGUGGAAUGUGUAAGAGGUGCUGCAGAAACUGUAAUGCUUAUAGUUGAAAGUAGUAGUGGAGAUACUAGUGCUCUUGCUACAACUGCUGGGGACCAAUAGCUAGUGUUU